UUUCGCGAUUUUAUGUUCACUCCAUCUGACACAUCGCCAUAGACAAACAGUAGGUACUCUCUGCAUAUCACAUGAGCGAUCUCGUAAAAUCACUACGUUCUAUGGAAAGCGGCUGAUGACGUCAGAGAACGGUAGCCAUCUUGUGUUUCGUCUUGCGCUGUCAGACGGUUUCCAGAUCCUGUAGUAUCUGCGCUAUUGACAUUCCGGCCAAUCUGCCAACUCACAAGGACGAGUCUUUUUUUCACAUUUGAACAUUUAUUAAAAUGUUUCGUGACCGAGACCGUAGUCGCGAUCGGGGUCGUUCCGGUGAUGGUCGACGUGGUAGUUUUGGAAGUGGUGGUCUUGGCAGUGGUCUAGGCGGAGGCCUGGGUAGUGGGCUUGGUGGAGGACUUGGCAGUUAUGGAGGGUAUGGAAGUAGUAGUCUUAAAGGAAAACAACCAGGAGAAAGACUUAGAAGACCCAGAUGGGAUAUGGCAUCCCUUCUUCCAUUUCGCAAAGAUUUCUAUGCUCCUCACCCUAACGUUCUCAGAAGAUCCCCCCAAGAGGUUGCUCGUUUUAGGGCAAGCAGGGAGAUCACUGUCAAAGGAAACAAUGUUCCUGACCCAAAUUUAUUUUUUGACGAGGGCAAUUUCCCAGAUUAUGUGAUGAAUGAAAUAAGACGGCAAGGCUUUAAUGAACCAACUGCUAUUCAAGCCCAGGGGUGGCCUAUUGCAUUAAGUGGAAGAGACAUGGUGGGAAUUGCCCAAACUGGAUCAGGGAAAACAUUGGCUUACAUCCUCCCUGCAAUUGUUCAUAUCAACCAUCAGCCUCGAUUAAUGAGAGGUGAUGGUCCUAUUGCCCUUGUAUUGGCACCUACAAGAGAACUUGCUCAGCAGAUACAACAAGUUGCUGCUGAUUUUGGUGCCACAUCUCAAGUUAGAAAUACUUGUGUUUUUGGUGGUGCCCCCAAAGGACCUCAGGCUCGAGAUCUAGAGCGAGGUGUAGAAAUCGUUAUCGCUACACCAGGACGAUUAAUUGAUUUUUUGGAGCGUGGUACAACUAAUUUGCGUCGCUGCACAUACUUGGUUUUGGAUGAAGCUGAUCGUAUGUUGGAUAUGGGUUUUGAACCUCAAAUUCGCAAGAUCAUUGAACAAAUCAGACCUGAUCGGCAAGUGCUCAUGUGGUCUGCAACGUGGCCAAAGGAAGUUCGUAACUUGGCUGAGGAAUUUCUGAGUGAUUAUAUUCAGAUAAAUAUAGGUUCUCUUCAGCUUGCUGCUAAUCACAAUAUCCUGCAAAUUAUUGAUGUGUGCCAGGAAUAUGAAAAAGAAACAAAAUUGUUAAAACUUCUUACAGAAAUAUCAUCUGAAAAAGAAAAUAAAACUAUUAUAUUUGUAGAGACCAAGAGAAAAGUUGAUGAGAUUACAAGAAGUAUUUGUCGAUAUGGAUGGCCUGCAAAAAGUAUCCAUGGUGAUAAGUCUCAACAAGAGAGAGACUAUGUUCUUGCAGGUAAUUUUAAUACUACUUUGAAUGAAAUAACCAUUUAUGAUGCGAAGGACUUCAUAAAAUUAUUUUUUUCCACAGAAUUUCGUAAUGGAAAAAUAGCCAUAUUAGUUGCAACUGAUGUGGCUGCCAGAGGGUUGGAUGUCGAAGAUGUCAAGUUUGUUAUCAACUUUGAUUAUCCUCAAAGUUCUGAGGAUUAUGUGCACCGAAUAGGACGAACUGGGCGUUCUCAAAGAACAGGAACAGCAUAUGCAUUUUUCACUCCUGCUAAUGCCAAGCAGGCAGGUGACUUGAUAUCAGUUCUACAAGAAGCAAAUCAAGUGGUGAAUCCUAAGCUACAUGAAAUGGCACAAAUGGCAAAGACUAUGAAUUUUGGAGGCAGAAGUCGCGGUCGUUGGGGCCGAUCUGGCGGUGGUGGUGGCGGCAGCAGCAGCGGUCGAGACCGUGGUGGCAGAGAUCGUGGGCGUGAUCGUGAUCGUGACAGGGGAGGCCGCAGCCGCUGGGGUGACAAAUCAGAAGACAGAGGCAGUGGACUGGGUGGAGGAUUGGGGAGUGGCUUGGGAGGUGGAUUAGGUAGUGGUAGAUCCACUAGAUUCUCUGACAUUCCGUUAAGUGCUAGUUUCUUGCGUGCUGGCACAACGGGUGGAAAUUCAGGAAAUACUGGUUUGCUACAGGGUGCCAACAGUGGCAGUGGAGGUGGAUUGGGUAGUUCUCAAUCACUGUUGGGUAUGCAGCCUGGAUUAGGUCAGUCCCAGCCGAACCAGACCACAACUCCACCAUCAAUUCAACAACCUGGCUUGGGGGGUAAUGUCAAUCCUCCCUCUCUUUUGAGUAGUAAAGUAACACCACCCUCAUACUAUCAGCAAUCCAAUACAUCUGGAAUGCCUGUUCCAAGUAAUGGUCUCAACACCUAUGGGGGGUAUAACCAGUAUCAACAACCAGCAAUUAAUGGUUAUGGUUACCAUGUUGGUAAAAAUUAAGCCAGGUUAGUUGAAUAUUUUCCAUUUUGUAUGUCACAUGAGUUUCUUCUAGGAGUUUAAAGAGAUUGGGUCAAACUGCUGUUAUGUUUGGAAUCUUUUUGUUCUUCCUGAAAUGCAUUGACAGUAUAUGUAAUAUAUUUAUAGAAAAUCAUUAUACACUUUGUAAAUUGUAUUUCCUUAUUUUGGAGUUCAUGUAAGUGUAUGUCAUGAAGCUUAUAUUCCUUCGUUAUAAUUGUCAAAUGAGCGCAGUAAAUCUGCCUAACUCCCUAGAUCUGUUUUACAUGUUCAGGAAUGAGGGUGGCCUGUGCAAGAACUUAUAUGGUUGUUGUCAGGUAUAGUAGUGAUGUGAUAUGUUUUGAGGAAUUCUGAAAAUAACAUUAAACAUUUUUUAUAAAUAAAAAAAGAAAUCGAGAUGGAGAUCUGUGAUCAUCAAACUUAUUUUUGUUUUAUUUAUUCUUGCAUAAUUCACUUAAUUUAUGGGAAAGCAAAUAUUUAUAAAAAAAAAAUUAGUUACUGUAAUUUUUAUGUUUACUUUUGUGUGCGUGUGUGUGUUAUGAAUGUGGUGUUAUUUUCAGAUAGCCUCACUUGGAGUUAAAUUUUUAUUUCAGUUUGUUUCCUGCAUAGACUAUUUUGAUUCAGCUUUACUUGACAGUAUUAAGCCUUGAAGAAAUAGACCAGGUUUACUUACUCUUGGAAGUGGCCUUCUUGGAACCAGUGUAUGUUUUUUAUUGUUAAUGUCUAAAGAAUAGAAUAAAAGCAAUUGAUGUACA